AUGCAGGCUUGGAUGCACAGAGACGCCCACCUGUGUACAAGCGUUACUGUGCUAAUCAGUGUCCUCGGCCUAAUUCGGGUAUCAAACACAGUCGGACCGCCCGGAUUUUCUCUAGCCAGCUACUAUGGCGAUCAUAUGGUGUUGCAAAGAAGCCCAUACCAGGCUGUCAUAUGGGGCUACUCUCCUCGCUUAGGGGACGUUGUCUCUCUCACUAUCCCAGACAUAACCCACCUGUCGAGUACGGUGGUCCCAGGCCCCGGUCACCUAGCUGGUGUAUGGCGUUUCACGCUACCAAUGGUGGAGAACCCGGGUCCCCACAAUAUCACGAUAGUCAGUAGUUCGGGCACACUGUCCCUCCAUGAUAUCCUUUUCGGGGACGUCUGGGUCUGCUCUGGUCAGAGUAACAUGGUGUUCAGGAUGGAACAGAUUAACAACUCUACCCUAGAAAUACAAGCGGCACUAAAGUACGACAAAAUCAGGGUAUUCAUGGCCAGCAAAGUACAGUCUUUCUCAGCAUUAUACGAUCUUCAUGAAGUCAGUACUCCGUGGACGAAGCCAACCAAGGAAUCUUUGCGGUCCUUCUCUGCUGUGUGCCUUUUCUACGCUAUGAAUAUUCGUGACAGCAUACACCGUCCCCUGGGAUUGGUAUUAGCGGCGUGGGAUGGUACAGCCAUUGAGACCUGGUCGCCCCCAGAUGCGCUUACCAGCUGUGGAUUACGACUCCAUCAAUACAACGAUCCGAAGACAGGGGUUUCUAGCCUAGAAACAGAAAAGAAGUGGUUCGUACCUGGCGCUCAUACGGUUCUCUGGAACGCUAUGAUUCAUCCCUUACUCAACAUGACCAUUUACGGCGUCAUUUGGUAUCAAGGGGAAUCCAACACCAGAGCAGAGUUUUACCAGUGUGGUUUCCGUGCAAUGAUCCAGGGCUGGAGAAGAGGAUUCAGCCGCUCUCAUGGGAAAACGUCCCCAGAGUUUCCGUUCGGGUUUGUUCAGCUGGCACCAGAUAGACCAAGCCAUGUGAUCUCUCAUUUUCCUGGCAUCAGGUGGCAGCAGACCCAUGGAUAUGGUUACGUCCCCAAUCCAGCCAUGGAAGCCGUAUUUAUGGCCGUGGCCAUGGAUUUACCUGACUUCGACAGUCCUCAUGGGUCGUUGCAUCCACGCUACAAGAAAGACAUCGGUUGGAGGCUGAGUCGUUCGGGCCUGGCCAUGGCCUAUGAUCAGCGUGACGUCUUAUACCAGGGACCGCUUCCACAGAGGAUUGGUGUGACUGGGGACUUACUCCUGAGUGUCAUAUACACGGGCGAGCCACUUGAUAUCCGUCAGACCACUGGCUUCGAGGUGUGCUGCUCGCCCCGUCCCGUCUCGGACAGAACCUGUAGUGAUCUUGAUUCUUCCUGGCUCCCAGCAGCAAUCGAAGGCCACCGGGGAUCGGAGUUCACGCUUGACAUUACUGGCUGUGGGAAGAUUCCAGUUACAAGAGUCAGGUACGCCUGGCGCGAGAGUCCUUGUCAGUUUAAGGCAUGCGCAGUGUAUGGUAGGAUGUCCGGUCUACCAGGUCCACCCUUCAUGGUGCCCGUGCCUUUUGAGAAGGUCGACUGUGAUGAUCAAUUGUGA